UCCUGCCAUCCCCCUGGAAGAGUUCAUCCGCGAGGCGCUCUUCGCCGGCCAGUCAGCGCCAAAAAGUGCACGGUACAGGGACACGGGAGAGUCCGCGUCCUACCCCUUGCAUACGUGGCAGUGGCGAGUGGCCACCCGGAGUGUGUCACACACACGAUCCCGAGUGCGAAAACCCGAGUGCCGAGAGUGGGACACGAUCAUCAUCCGGUGACUCGAUCGCUCGAGACGAGGAGAGACAACGGGUCUCCCCCCAUAUUCCAGAAGAGGUCCAAGAGGGCCCUCUGGAUAGAGCAUCUGCUCUCCACGCUCUGGUGAACCUCUGUGAACAACGGUUCAGAUUGGUUUGGAUUUUGGAUGAACCAGUAGUAGUGUCAUCGACAGUCACCAGUGAGAUCACCUAGUUUGCGAACGCGAAGGUGUCCGCGAUCGGUCACUGGAUGAUACAUGGAUUACGGCACGUACACGAGUGCGCGCGCGACGCAAAUGCGUUCACUGUGAUUACGCGCGAGCGUUGUGUUUGCGCGGCUCGCGCGUUUCAAUUAAAUUGACGAUCCGAGAUGCGGGAGUUUAGCGUCCUCGUCGCGCCGUUUCGAUAAACUGAUUUUACAGGGAGAGUGGUGUACGUUGCGAGGUGCAGCCGCGUCGCGUCCUACGAAUCCCAAAGUGAUUUGACUGAACCUGCCCGAUUCCGCUCGACUCCAAACGACGAACAUCCGACGCAACAUCCGACGCAACAUCCGAGAUCCGAAUCACACAGAUGCGAACGCAUCUACGAGCCAACAAGUGCAGCGCUCGCUGCUGGUCUACCACCACGUAUCUCGCUUAUCGCUCCGUCUGAAGGUGUCUCUGUCGACUCGAGAACGCGGACCUAAGCCGGGACAGGCUUAGCGACUCGCAGCAAUGAUGUACUCGCCGGACAAGAUGAUGGGGAGUAAGGGACUCCACGGGGCACCGAUCACCGCCCCGGGAUGCUUUCCCUCGGGGAGAUACUCGCCGCCACCUUAUCGCGCCGCGCCAGAUCCGAUGCCGCCGCCGCCGAGACGGUGUAUGCCGAAUCCUACGAGUCGUAUAUUGGAAGAUGCAUCCAUUAUGUGCAAUUCUUGGUCACCGAGGCAUAAUGGAGAUUUAUUCGGUGGCUUAAAUAGCGGUUUGCAAGAUGGCUUACUUUCAAGAGCGGAGGCUUUGGCUGCAGAUUUGGGAAAGCACAACGCUGGCACACCGAUGCCACUGAAGCACGAUCCCGUGUCUGUGUAUCAUCACGGAGCGCACAUGCCCACUCCCCAUCCAAAUAAUCGGCCACAUCAUCAGGUACAAUCACACCUUCUCAUGAGCCAUCCGGGGAUGGAGAGCCUCGACAUGCUGGACCCAGCAAACUCGAUGACGACUCUGACGCCAAUGUCCGAGAGUACGGGUGGCGGACCCGGGCACCACGCGGGCAUUCACGGUCCCUCCGUCUACAGCGGCAUGAACGGCAUGAUGAGCCAUCAUCAUCAUCACGGCAAUUUAGGCGGGGGUGGUGGUAGCGUACCACAUCCGGCGCAUCAUCAUCCAGCGAUGGCUGCCGCGGCCGCGGCAGCGGUCGCGGCGGGGCUCCAUCCUGACGCCGACACCGAUCCGCGAGAGUUGGAGGCGUUCGCCGAGCGAUUCAAGCAACGGCGUAUCAAGUUGGGCGUCACGCAGGCCGACGUGGGGAAGGCGCUCGCCAAUCUCAAACUACCUGGGGUCGGCGCUCUCUCACAGUCGACGAUCUGCCGCUUCGAGUCACUGACGCUGUCGCAUAACAACAUGAUCGCUCUGAAGCCGAUCCUCUCGGCGUGGCUGGAGGAAGCGGAGGCCCAGGCAAAGAAUAAGCGACGCGAUCCCGACGCGCCCUCGGUCCUCCCGGCCGGCGAGAAGAAACGAAAACGGACGAGCAUCGCCGCACCCGAGAAACGCUCGCUGGAGGCGUACUUUGCGGUACAGCCGCGACCCUCGGGCGAGAAGAUUGCGGCGAUCGCGGAGAAACUGGACCUUAAGAAGAACGUCGUCAGGGUGUGGUUCUGCAAUCAACGACAGAAGCAAAAGCGCAUGAAAUUUGCGGCUCAACAUUGACCCGAGGGUGGCUUGUGACAGCAGAACUGACCGUACCAGCUGCCUAGUCUCGAGCCCAAACCCGAACCCUUGACCGAGUUUCAAGCGUGGCCGUGAGGAGUCCGAGACGAUUGAGGAGAAGGGGGCUUCCUUCGAUGCUGCCAGUGGACAGUACGGUGAAAGAUUCCGCGUCGUCGUCGUCGGACAAAGUUGCUGGCAUGUCCACUCGCGGAGUCUCUCGGCUGCUGAACGAUGGCUCGAUGCUACGGGCAGACUACUAUCGGUACGCGAGGCUGUCACAGGCUGAAGAUGAAUCACUUGUUAUCACUGCGCGUGUGUAAUAUGCCUAGUGCAUAUUCUGGAAUCACCGGUUGCAGGGAGCUAUUCUCGACUCGUCGGUUCUCACAAUUCUCCCUCCUCGCGCACGAUUACUUCUCGUACUGUUAAGACGACACGACCGGUGCAAUGUAACGUUGGUGACGCGUUUACGAAUGUUUCACGAUGAGCCAUAUCAUCGCGAUGUGAUCCUAGUAGUACAAAUAUAUUGGAUUCAUCCUUGAUUCCUUUCUCUAUGCGGAAUUCUCUUGCGGAGGUUUCAAAUAAAUCCAAGGUAAAAAUUGUUCAUGGAUAAAUACGCCAUCACGAUGCGUCUCUUUAUUUCGCUCGCAAAACGUUUGUCGUUUACAGUCGCCUUCCGAAUUAGGAGUGUAAAACCACGUAGAUCAAUGAUGAUAUGACGACAACACGUUUUGUUUAUAACAAAGAUGCAAGGUGCAAACCAUGCACCUGCGAAUAAUGCAUGGAUAAUGCCGGGAAAAAACACUGCUCGCUCCAAUAAUGCAUGACGCUUUCAACGGUAUGAUUUUUGGAAAACGGGUAGAUAUGCUGGGAAUAUAUCAGCGCUUUCUUCGCUAUCAGUGUUUUCAUGUGCAUUAACAGAAAGUGUAGUAGUGAUGGACUUCUGUUGUAUUGUUGCAUUUCAUCGAAACGCGAAAAUUCUUCUUACUGCAUGUAUAACGGGCGCGUAUAAGAGAAAGUAAAAUUUCAAACUAUAUUUACAUGUGCGCUUUUAAAAGUACGAUUUGUUGAAAAAUUCACUUGAACGUAGGUACAUACAUGCACCAUUACAGUGUGUGUUUCGCUUGAACAAUACCUUUUCGCGAGUCUUCAAAGUAAAGUUUCCAAGUCCGUACAACUACGAGAUCGAGAAACGCACCACCAACGAUCACGAUAAAACAGUUUACGAUGCCAUUUGCCCUUCGACCCCUCGUCGUAUGACAUCCGUCGUUGAAAUCGUCGUUUCACGCCGAUUUCACGAUCAUAUCACAUCACGAUCAGAUAUGCGAAAUCUUGAAAUUUCCGCGAAAUAAAUCCACAAUAGAAACGACAUUGCGCGUAUCGCGUCUCUAUAAAAUUAAGAUUGUCAUUAAAAUUAUCAUUAAAAAUUUAACAAAUCUCGAUAAAGAUUAAACUCUUUUUCGUAAUAUCGCUGCAAUCUCAAUGUUUUAUCUUUUUUUUGGUAAAUUUAUAGUUGUAAUGUUUUACUUGAAAAACACAAAAUAAUUAUGUAAAAAUGCUCAAAGUUUUGAUGCGCGUUCGUUACUAGGCAUAUAUCGCUUAAAAUAACAUUGCAAUAAUUACAUUUUCUAAAGAGUUUUUCACUUGUGACGAUUUUACAUGGUUGCAAGUUAAAAAUGUACGUUUCGUCGGAAAAAUAAAAUGUUACAUCGGAAACGCUCGUAAAUUAGUGGGUCACCAUCGCAAUAAUUUACUGAGCAAUAAUCAUUGAUGGAUCGAUCGUCGGCAGACAACCCUGGUUGGGAAUGGAAGCGAGGGGGACUUUUCGUCGUUCGCCAUCACGGACGAGGCUGCCGUGACGAGUGAAUGCCGAAGAGGGGAAAUUUACCGACGCGUCUUGAAAAGUACAAUUCGAAACAUAAAAUAUAAAGUACGUAUUGUUAUAAAGAUGACGCGCGGGUACGUCGCGCUGAAGAAAAAGUGAUAUUAAUCCUAAUGAAGACGCUAAAGUGCAGUGUAAACAGUAAAGAGAGAACGAUAGCGCGCGCGUGUAAACGAGUGAAUGUAAUGCACGUAUGUGAGAAGGAAUCGAAAACGAGGCGAAGCGGAGGAGGAAGAGAGAGAAAUGGGAUAAAUGCGAGACGAAAAGGGUAAGGAAAAGGAAGGCGAGCAAAAAGAGAGUAAAAGAAUGAAAGAGCGAGAAAGAGAGAGAGAGAGAGAGAGAGAGAGAGAGAGAGAGCGAGAGAGACAAAGAAUGAAAGAAUAAACCAACAGAGCUAAGAAAAAUGUUUUACGUAGUGAUAUUGGACAAUCAGUGAAAAGACUGUACCAUAUCAUAUUAAAGCAAUACCGUAGUACGUAGCAAACGAAUUAAUUAUACUCUGUUCGUAUUUUUUAUGAUCGUCCGCGCAUCCGUCAUGCGCUAUGCGCGCCGACUAUUUUCGUAAAAACCGAGAAGAACCAGGAGAGAAAAGGGGGCAAACGUGAAUCGUGCAAGGUACACUCAGUCUCGCGGUAUAUCCUAUCUUCGAACCUGACGAUCAAUGUCUCCUUAUCGAUCCGACGUUAGUGAUAUCGCGUUCCAUCGACUCGCACGGAUCAACGGAUACGAGUCAGCAGUAUCCACGCGUGGAUAAUCCGAGAUCGAGACGUGUUUAUCUCUUUUUCUUCUCAUCGACGAGAAUUCGUCGUAUCGCACUGUUCCGUGACGACAACGAAAUUCUCGAGCACGAAAUCAUCCUCCCAGCGAAAGAGAUAAGACGCAACGGCGAUUCUAACGAGAAAACACAGUCGGUUCGGCGUGGACCGAGAUGGUUUCGCUACGCGAGUCGCGAAUGCUAUGAUUUCGCGCGAUAUCCUCUAAUGCUGGCUGUACAUGACGGUGGUUCAUUUUCUGUCAAAUUAAAAAUGCGUUUCGACUGCCCGCAGUCGAAAAGAUUUCCGAUUCUUUCGAAUUUGCAAGUACGAAGCCUUACUUGGUGGAGCAUCAUUUCGAAUGCAUGUUACUUGAUUGAAAACUCAUGUAAAAUCCUAAAUACUUUACGCGAGAAAUUAAGUCGGAAAAACUAACUAGAAGCACUUUGAGCAUUGUACUUACAAUUAGUAUGCAUGUGAUAUCAUCGAAAAGAAAGCUCGAGCCACUAAAUAGUCAUGUGUAUCCAACAUUGGAAAACUAUUCUGUGAAACGAGGAUAAAGUAUAUCCAGGAAAAUGAAUAUACAUAUAUAUAUUAAUGAUAGUUAAAGAUAAAGAUGAAAAAAAGCGGUAGUGGUUUUUAAAUUGUACAUAUGUAAGAGGGGAUAAGAGUAUUUUAUAGGAGAGUAUAUAAUAGGUAAUCUAUUUGCCAUUCUAAUAGUGGAGAGAAAGUUUUAGUGCAAUAUAGAAGUCUAGCGAGAUGUUCAUUAUUCAUUAUUUAUUGUUUUUCUCUGUAUGUGGUGCAUUCGCUCGCGGAAAGGGAGAUGGAGAUGGAGAUCGAGAUGGAGAUGGAAUGGAUGAAGAAUGGGAGCCGAUAUCAGAGCGCGUUUAUCAGCCUUUUACUUCCGACUACUGAAAGUCUCUGUAUCGCUCGCGACCGUUUCUCGUAGAAAAAGAGAAAGGACGUUAUUUUCUUACGUGACCCCUCAUUGCGUAACAUAUCGAUUCUGUUGGCGAUGGUUGGACAGAUUCAGUCUUCAGUAUGCAUUCUCUAGUCACAGUACACGUGUAAUCUCUUCAACACUCGCAAACGCGAUGUGUUGUGGGAUGUCAGGCGUUGCGCGGAGAAUCUGCCAUUUCUUCGAUCGUUUUUCAUCUUGUUCCCUUGUAUAGCCCGUACAUUCAGACAGUGUAUGAGAACUAUCGUGAUGCCAUUAUAAAUAACGUUCUUAAUAAUGUUGUUGUUACCUAAUUGAUGAAAUUAUGUAAAUAUCAUUCGUAUCUCUGUAGACGAAAUUCAGAAUAUGUUUCACGCACUUGAACAGAAUGGACGUCAGAUAAUGUACCAGAAAGUAUAUAAAAUUGUCCAUUAACGACACGAUUGUAUAUUAUUACGUAUAUAUUAGUUGAGUCGUUGUUUGACGAAUUGUUCGAUUUUUGUCCCAUGAAAUUUUCCGUAAAAUAUUUCAGAUUCGUCUCUGAAGAAAACUGUCAGUAAAAUUUUCUAUGGUAAAAGCGCAGUUUACGUAGAACAAAUUUUAGCGGAAAGAAAAUAUUAUCGUCCCUCAGUAACGCCGGUUGAUAUGAUAAAUAAAGAAAAGAAGAGAUAAACGACAAAUGUUUAAACUAAUUAUUUUAUUAUUACAUCUCGUAUAUAUAUAUAUAUAUAUAUACAUAUACAUACAUACCGAUAGAGCGCAUAGACUUGCAGCAACAUUGUUGCAAGCUUCUGUGUCCCGUAUGGGUACAUACAUACAUACAUACACACAAUACAUACGUAUACAUACUAUAUAUGUAAAUAUGCAAAAACGUUCUAAAAUAUAAGAAAUUCCAUACUUUGAGUUUUGCUAAGCUCAUUAAUUAUGUCGCUAAUUACACUUUUCUCACUUAAUCAUAUAUUAUAUUGUAUCGUUACGUGCGCAAAUAAAUUCUGACUUUAUCUUUAUGUAAUUAUUUAGCGAUUCGAUGAAACAGUGUCGAUGAGUUAUAGUACUAUUAAUUAACAUGUUUAUGUGAUAAAGUUUCGAUUGCUUCAAACAUCGAUCGUUUCGUUGCAAGUUUAUAUGCCUGGGAUAUUUCGGAACCGUUGAAUGUCCAUGGAAUCAAUGAUUCUUUAGAUUUUGAAAUAAAUCUUUUUUCUACGAGAAUGCAUCGAUAGCGGUUUGGAUCAGGCAAACUAAAAAUAACGCAAUUAAAAAUAAAGGUUACUUUUUGCAAACUAUAUUUUAAUAUCUUUCUUGGUUUAUGUCAAAUACAAUUUCAAGCUUUUCAAUUCUGUUUAAAAACAGAAAUGUCUUAUUAUUUUAUCGUCACGAGGCGUAAUUGCCAAAGAAUCUACGAUCGAAAGGGUACGCGUGAUUUCGGAUGUACGGAGAGAGAGAGAGAGAGAGAGAGAGAGAGAGAUGACGAUAAUUUACUGUAGCAUGUAUAUAUUGCAAUAAAGGAGUACACCUGUCCGUGCGCUAUCGCGUGCAACGUAAACGUUAACUCGUCAAAAUUAUUUAUUACACAGCUAAUUAAUCGACUAAUGCAAAGCAUUUUUUCUAAAAACAAAUGCCUACUCACUCUGAAAGGAAAUCUCGGUGAGCAAUAUUUGCACAAGCUAAUAUUUGAUUGCGCAAGAUUAAUAUUUAGUUGGCAUUAUUUAAUAAUCGUUGCAAAUCUGAUAAUUCAACAGUAUUGUUAUCGUUUAGACACGUAAAAAUGUUGACGUAACGCUGCGACGUUUAUCACUGUGCGUACAAUGUUACUAAUGUGAAAUGAUUAUAUUUAAAUGACGCGCUAUGCAUGUGCGAUUGGAUUGAUUUCGACCGAUACGCACAAAUACCUGCUUGAGAAAAACGGAAUAGGGUCUCCUCGAAUGCAAACUAUUGUAUACAUAUUUAAUACAGGGUAACGACGACAAGUGAUGUCAUAUUACGUUUCGUCAUUCAUCACGCGCCACGAGACGCAUAUUUAAUAGUCUUGCCAAAUGCCAAAUGACGACGAUAGGAUAGUUUGCAAAAAAAUCAUACGACGAAGAAAUAUCAUUUCUUCCGUGUCCGUCUGUGGUCUAUCUUUGUCUAGGGUUCUCUAUCUGUCUGAGGAUUAUUGCAUCGAGAUUAUACUUUCUGAUAUUUUCCCCUUGCGAAUACUUUGCGACGAAUACUUAUACACGUAUAGUGGAGGUAGUAGAAAAUGUAAUACAUUAAUGUAAAUACAUUUUUGGCUAUAAUAUCAUUUAGAAGGCCGUUGUAAGCCGUUAUAAGGGCUUGCUGCAGUUGACGGUAAUCGUAAACGUAAACAUAUUCAUCGUAAUCGACGACAAUCGAGGGAUGUACAUUUCUGUCUAUAGAUACGUGGAUAUUAUUUCCUCUCUUUUUUAUUAUUCCUCAUCACAAGUCUUAUGAUCCUUGCAGGAACUUUGAACGAUAUUUAUCCAUAAUGAACUCAAUGAAGAUUUUACCGCGAAGCCAAAUUUGGCAGAACUUUAAUGUGAAAGUCAAAACUAUCGCGUUUCCCCGAGAGAUUCCUGCAGUUCCCUGUACAAAAGAUAAACGUUUUCUACGAAUCGUCGACAAAUUGAUCAAUACGAAUAAGGCGCGCGUGCGCGCAAAUGAUCCACACGUGACACAUACUCGAGCCGUAUAAUCUAUAGCGAAAAAUGAUCGCGUCGUAUCACACGAUACGACGCGCAUAAUCAUCGAACGCUCAUUUUUGUAUGCGCGCGUACAUGAUUUGUUUAUUCUUACGGAUUGCAAUAUGCGGAAAAGUCAUCGCCCUGGACGCGAUUACGGAGGUAGAGGCGGGCGAUUACCGGCGGGUGACCGAAAAGUAUUACGUCGAAACGUAUGGCGGGAGCAUUUGUAUAAAGUAACACGGAAAUGAAUAAUUAGUAUAAAUAAUGAUUAUCAACAAUUAGAUUAAAUGUUUAUACAUAUAAAUUGAGAAAAGCCAAAAUGAAUUGUUAAAAUUUAAAGGUCUUACUCAUAGGUGUUCACGCGCGCGUGGCCGGCUUAGAUAGCUAAUUAUUUCGCGAGAGAUCUCUGCCAAAGUUGACGCGUAACUGCUCGAACGACGAAAGAGUAGCAAGAGUACCAUUUUGUCGUCGUCGUCGUCGUCGAUUUCUUCUUCGUUAUUCGAUUCGUUAUUCGAUAACUCUUUCGACCGCGCGAGUGAUAUAGGAGAAACGCAACUUUGAAAAUGAAGCGUAAGGGAGAAGUAGAACAUAUUUAUCUUCCAUUAAGGAGAGAAUAUAUCGCUUUCGUUCCACAUUCCGCAUUCGUUCUACGCGUGUUUUAUCGAGCGUUCGCAACGCAUUUACGUAUUACGUAUUACGUAUUACGUAUUACGUAUUACGUAUUACGUAUCGAGUAUUGCGUAUGCAUUUGCAGACUGGUAAAAUCUGUCAACGACCACGGUUCGUCGUUUAUAUAAUAGAGAUAACAUCGUACUAUAUAUUAUAUUUACGUUUACACUAUGUCUACGCGUACAACGCAUUCUCAACGUGUCUCAUAAUAACUCCAGGUGUGUCAGAAUCUCAUACGAAUCUCUAUAUGUGUGUAAUAACGAUCGACGAAUCAUAAUCAUAAUUUCACUGCGAUUAAAUUCUCAUUAAUCUCUAUAAAUUGUAAUUAUAAAUGCGAUCGAUGUAAAGGUGAAACGCUAUUUAUGAGUAAGACUGUAACUAUCGCGAACGAUAUAAUAAAACGAUAUAAUAAAGACAUAUCACACGCAUAAAAGAAUAUUAGUUUAAUUGUCUGACAUUGUAGAAAUUUCUAUGUAAAUAUGUUGCGUGCAACUUGGAGCAAUGUUUCGAACAACUAUGUUUAUGUAUAAAUAAAUCAUGUGUCCCAUAGUGAAUUACUUGAUGUUACCUUUUUCUCGUACGUUUCAUUGGCUUGCAUCAUUGCUCUUAAUGUGAAUGUACGUACAUUCACAGGCACUCUCCGCCGAGGAGCCGUAUAUAAUUGACAAUCGACAAAUUGUACACACACAGACGUGCAUAUCAAUCGUAAAUCCAUCUAUUGUACAAUGUAAAUCGCGUAAUCAUUUCUUUGUCGCUCCAGAUACAUUUUCCUCCACGCCUAUUUCUCGGCGCGCGGUCUUGCAAAACAUUUUUUCGUUUGAAAGUUUGCGUUAAGUAACUUGAUACUUGACUUGACUCGUUACUCGAGGCGAUAAAAGCGAGGGAACAAACGACGAUUUUGAUGAAUUUGCGCUAAAUUGCGAGAUUCAUAUUCGGCACGCGUCGACUCGUUCUCAAAGUGUGUACCAAAUUGCGCGCAAUGUACGAUAAGAGGAAAGAGCAACAAGAUUCCUCCAUACUGUACAUAUCAUGUGCCAUAAUUCAUUUAUCGUACUUUGUGUCCAACUUUGUUCCAAGUACCUACUCAAUUAUAAAUAUUCUAGUACAUAAUACAAUAAAGUCAAACUUGAUGUUAUUGA